CAGACCAGUCAAGACACAAGAGCCAGGGUUAUCAGUAUCGACAAAACUACUCUUCCUGGUGUCCGUUGCACUCCAUUCGAGUUCUGAGGUUCAGCUGCCUCAGAGUGCUCAGAGUAGGACGCACCGUGAGAAGAUAGGCCGACGGUCAUAGACGUCAUAGACAUGCGGGGUACCAAGCAUAAAAGUCUUCCUUUGCUGAAUCGCUCUGAUCGCUCUGAUGAAGCCAAACCACAGGAGAAUGUAGGAACAUAUUCAAAGGAUGAUAUUAAUGACAGUGACCCUUCUGAAGCAAAAUCAGGACUUUUUGGAUUGUUCAGGUAUGCUCGGUGCAGUGAUCUGUUACUGAUCGCUAUUGGAACAGUGUUUGCUGUGUUUCAUGGCGCCAGCUUUCCAGUUCUUGCUGUUAUCUUUGGACAAAUGACCAACACGCUAAUUGUACAGAGCACUAAAAUGAACUCAUCAAGUGGAUAUGAAGAUGUCAUUUCUGGUGGAACAUCUUUGUCCAACGUCUCUGGUUGGAAUUCCAACGCAGUCAAGGAGCCACCAUGGACCAACAAACCAUCCGACUUCAUGCAGUUUAUGACGCAGUACUCAAUCUAUUACUCUUACCUUGGUGCAGGUGUGUUUAUAGCGUCCUUCAUACAGACGUUAUGUUGGGAAUUAGCCUGUGAACGUCAAGUGCAUCAACUUCGCCAGAUUUUCUUUGCCCAGAUCCUGCGUCAAGAUGUCAGUUGGUAUGACUGUAACCAAGGAGGUGAUCUUACUACCAAAUUGUCUGAUGACUUGGAGCGUGUGCGGGAGGGUUUGGGCAGCAAGUGUAGCCUUGUGAUUCAGUACGCAUCGACUUUCAUAUCUGGAAUAGUUGUUGGAGUAAUCACAAGUUGGAAAUUGACCUUAGUAGUGAUGGCAGUGGGGCCACUUUUUAUUGGGACAUCAGCCUAUCUCGCCAGGAUGACUGCUAAUUCAUCAGCACGAGAGCAAGAGAAAUAUGCACUGGCGGGAGGAGUGGCAGAUCAAGUACUGAACAACAUACGAACUGUGUUGGCCUUCGGCAAGCAAACUUACGAAAUACAUCGAUUUGAUGCUGCCCUAGAAGCUGGACGUCUUCUUGCUAUGAACAAAUAUUUCAUUCUGUCGAUAUGUUUGGGACUUGUAUUCUUUCUCAACUAUAUAGGAUAUGGUCUGGCAUUCUGGUAUGGUUCAGAGCUAAUCAACAAUAGUGAAAUAACACCUGGUAGUGUUUUUACAGUUUUCUUUAGUGUAAUGUCCGGAGCAUUCUCCCUAGGCCAUGCCAUGCCAUUCGUGGCUGUUGUUAGUACAGCAAUUGGAGCAGCAUCAACACUGUUCACCAUUAUUGACCGGGUACCAGAUAUUGAUCCCUAUUCUGAUGCUGGAAUAAAACCAAAUAAAGUACAAGGUGAUAUUGAAUUGAGAGACGUCAGCUUCUCUUAUCCAGCACGUUCAGGAGUUCAGGUUCUUGAUGGAAUUAAUUUGAAAAUAAAAGCUGGUGAGACGGUAGCAUUGGUUGGUGCAAGUGGUUCAGGCAAGAGUACAAUUGUGUCCCUUAUAUUACGCUUCUAUGAUCCCACAUCUGGACAGGUUCUGCUGGAUGGUGUGGAUGUGCGCAAGAUGAAUGUUCUGUGGUUGCGUAGCAAAAUUGGAGUUGUGUCCCAGGAACCGAAUCUGUUUGGAUCCACCAUCUAUAAGAACAUCAGCUAUGGGCAUCCAGAUGAUGUAAAAUAUCAUGAUGUUGUGAAAACUGCCAUGAUGGCCAAUGCUCAUUCCUUCAUCACAAUGCUUCCAAAGGGGUACAAUACAGUAGUGGGUGGAUCAGUUGGUGCAGCUCAGCUGUCUGGAGGACAGAAACAAAGGAUUGCCAUUGCACGGGCCCUGAUUAGAGAUCCACCAAUUUUGCUGCUUGAUGAAGCCACAUCUGCACUUGAUACAAAGAGUGAGCAGAUAGUUAAAGAGACCCUCAGACAGGCAGCUAAAGGGAGGACAACUAUCAUCAUCGCCCACAGGCUGUCCUCUGUGUUUGAUGCUGAUCACAUAUAUGUUCUGAAGGAUGGAGGAGUCAGGGAACAUGGAACGCAUUCAGAAUUGCUGUCAAUGAGAGGCCAUUACUACCGUCUAGUAGAAGCACAAAAAUCUUUUGGUGAUGAUGCUGGGAAUGUUAUAGAGGAUCCUAUAGAGAACUUAAACACCUGCAAGAAAAGAAAAUCAUCCAAAUCCAGAAACAGAAUCCCAUCAGUCUGCUCAUCAAUUGAGCAACUUACUCUGGCUGUGGAAGAGAAUUUCUGUCAUGUAGCAAAAGGUGAUGCAAGUCCAAUGUGGAGGCUACUGAAACUAAAUUCACCAGAGUGGAAGGCAUUGUCUCUUGGCUUCUUUGGCUGUGUUUGUACAGGAGCCAUUAUGCCCACAUUCGCCAUUUUCUAUGGAGAGAUGUUUGGUACUUUUCAACUGUCUGGCCUUGAACUCAAGAAGUCAGCCUUGUUCUGGUCAGUGAUGUUUGUCGUAUUGGCAUUCGUCGCAGGGUUCAGCUACUGGUUGCAUGCCAUAGCCAUGACAACAGCAUGUGAGAAACUAGUGAAGAGGCUACGUGUUCUUGCAUUUUCAAACAUACUCCGCCAACCUGUCAGCUGGAUGGAUGAAGAAGACAGUUCUCCUCAUAAACUGUGCACGAGAUUGGCUCGAGAUGCACCACUUGUGAAAUCGGCAGCUGGACUCCGGGCUGGACAAGUUCUUGGGGCCUUUGUAACACUCGCAUCAGCACUUGCUAUCGCAUUUGUGUUUGGAUGGAAACUUGCAUUUUUACUGAUGAUUGCUGUUCCUAUAUUAGUAUUUGCAAGUUACCAACUUGCUCUGAUUAGCAGGCGUUACCAGCGACGGGAUGCCCAUCUUAUGGAGCAGGCUGGGAAGGUAGCUUCAGAAAGCAUUCUGAACAUUCGGACAGUACAGUCUCUGGGAAAAGAAUAUCAGUUCCUUGACCUCUAUCUGCAGAACCUAGUGGCACCGUUACUGGAAGCAAAGAAACAGGCACUGUUUUUCGCUGCAGUUUUCUCCUUCUCUCAAGCUGUUAUAUAUGCCAUGUAUGCUGGUGCUUUCCGUUUUGGGGCAUACCUAAUUGAGACUGGUGAUAUGGAAGCCAUUGAUGUCUACAGGGUGUUCUUUGCUCUGGCAUUCUCUGCACAGUCAGUUGGCCAAACGACAGCAUACCUCCAGGAUUACACUAGAGCCAAACUUGCAGCAGAAAAGCUGUUCCAGUUGGUAGACCGCAGCCCAGAGAUGGUGGAAGGAACUGCUAAGCCAAAAAUCCAAGGGCGAGUGACUUUUAGUGGGGUUCACUUCCGAUACCCCAACAGACCUAAUGUUCCAGUAUUAAGAGGACUGAAUCUUGAAGUGAAACCUGGCCAAACCCUUGCAUUGGUUGGUGCAUCCGGGUGUGGAAAGAGCACCACAGUGGCGCUGUUGCAGUGCUUCUACAGGCCUGAUUUUGGACAAGUUAUGGUGGAUGGCCAUGAUAUCAGCAGCAUAGAUCCAGAUCAUUUACGUAGACACAUGGGACUGGUGACCCAAGAACCCGUUCUGUUUGACUGUUCACUGCGGGAUAACAUUGCAUAUGGUUCGCCAGAACCCUUGGAGAUGGACGAUAUAGUGAAAGCAGCCCGUACAGCCAACAUUCACAAUUUCAUCACAAGCCUGCCACAGGGCUAUGAUACCAUGGCCGGAAGUCAGACUGGAAUAUCCCAGCUGUCGGGUGGACAGAAGCAGAGGAUCGCAAUUGCACGAGCACUGGUGAGGAAUCCUUGUAUCCUGCUGCUUGAUGAGGCAACAUCUGCUCUGGAUGCGAGUUGUGAGAAGGUCGUACAAAAUGCACUGGAUUCUGCCCGUCAAGGGCGCACAUGUAUAAUCAUUGCCCAUCGGCUGUCAACUAUACAAAGUGCUGACAUAAUAGCUGUGAUACAUAGAGGCCAGGUUGUAGAGCAAGGUCCCCACGAGUUCCUGAUGGAAUUAAGGGGAAGGUAUUAUGAACUGGUGCGAGCACAAGGAUUGUAAUUACAGCUUCACUCUUCUUAACAUAGUCUGCAUUUCUGUGAUACCCGCCUCUUUAUAUGUGAAACUAUAUGUAAUGAAAUAAAUGUGAUUAAAAACC